CGCCGCUCCCGCCGGCUCGACCCCCACGGCCGUGGUGAUGACGUCAUCAGAGAGCGGCGCGGAGCAGCGGCUGGCCUGCGACGGCCCACCGCCGACACUGCCCUCUGGCGGCGCGUUCGGCAGCGACACUAGCGCCGCCGCCGGCAGCCUGCUGAACCAGGAGCUGGACAACAUCUGGCAGCUGGGAGAAAUGGAGCCCGACAACAAAUGGGUGCUGCUGAGCAGCGUGGUGCUGAUGUGGGCACUGGACCCGCGGCAGCACCACGACAAAAUUCUGGAGGCCGUGAAUGAACUGAUGAAGCUGGACAGCCUGCGACGAGGCUACUACCGUGACCUCAGGAGCCGCUUCAUCAUCGAGCGAAAGCUCGAAUCGGCCCGGGAAUCGGGCCUCACCGAGCUGGAUCUCUCCUCCUGCCAUCUGACGGCCGUCUACCACACUAACCACAUGGUUGCCAUGACGACGCUGGACGCCGACAACAAUCAGCUGCGCGCGCUCGACCUGAGACACCUGGUGGCGACGGAGCGAGUUACUGCCAAGGCCAACCGUGUACGGCGGGUCAGCCUACCUCCCGGCGAAUUGUGCUGCCUCAGGCGACUGGCGCUGGAUGACAAUGACCUGCGGGAGGUCAGUGACCUCGUCGGCGAGGACGGGCCGUGGCCCAGUGUAGAGGAGCUCAGUGUGACGGGUAACCCGGUGUGUGAAGUACCGGGCUAUGAGGAGCAGCUGAAAGAGAGGUUUCCCGGCCUGAAGAUGCUGAACGGAAAGGCCCUGUGAUCUCUUGCAUGAGAGGGGUGUUAGUCAACUGCACAUCACACUUGUCAAAGGCAUUUUUCGUAUAUUGAUGUAAUCAUAAGGCUUUUGGUGUAUUUCCGUUGUCAUUUGUUAGUCUCAGGCUUACAACCUUUCUUUGUAGCCGUUUUGGGUCCGAUGCAAUGCAGACGAUACAGCACAAAUGAUAUUCGACGAUACACUGGAAAAUGACGAAUGUCACCGUUCAUAUCUCGAUCGCCGGGCAUGAUACGUCAUUAGUCAGAGAUGGCGUCGAUGAUUUUUGCAACAAGCUGAAUUAUUGAAUGAUUGUACUGCCGCUUCGAUGUUCGAUGGAUGCAUUCCGUGUGCUGAGUGAAGUCAGACCAUUGUUAUCGAGAUUCCGUUUUUUCGCUUUCGCCUCAGAAAAUGAUUACAUGAUUCUUCGAAGCAACACCUUUCAAUUUUUUUUUCUGUAGCGGGUGAUGCGAAAAUCGCCCCAGGCAAAUGUUUGCUUAGCCCGGCUGGAGCUUUUAAUUUUCUGUUGUUUUGGUGAUUUAUAUACCGUGGUUUCGUACGUUUACUAUUUAUUCAGGGUAUACACCGCUGAUUACUUUGCGAAAUAAAUGAAAAAAGCCCUG